AAUGGAGCACUGAGUACACUCCCUCAUAUUGUCAAAUGGAUCAUGUCGUUCCUGUUCAGUGUUAUAUCCGACAUGCUCAUAUCGAAAAGCAUAUGUAGCAUAGGCACUACAAGAAAAGUAAUGCACACCAUAGGUUCAUUAGCUCCAUGUCUUCUUCUCAUUAUACUCGGCAACAGUGGCCCUGAAGAUGCUUCCAAAGCUGUGGUUUUAUUAAUAGUAACAUUUGGAUUUCUGAGCGCCAAUAUCAGUGGUUUUCUGUUCAACCAUCUUGAUCUAUCACCAAAUCAUGCUGCCGUCUUGAUGGGUAUAACAAGUCAGUUCGGAUCUUUCUGCACUGCGAUUGGGCUAACUUCAGUGCAAUAUAUUGUAGUCAAUGAA